UCUCUCUCUCUCUCUCUGCCCCCCCCCCCCCCCUCUCUCGCCGUCUCCUAGAUCCUAAUAAAUUCGAGAGCGGAUAAGGAGGAGGAAAAACGAGAGAAAAUUAACGAUUCAAAGGGGGUAAAGAGGACCGAUUUUCUUCGGUUCUUCUUCGAAUCCAUUGGUGAAUUUUUGUUUGGAAAUCCAUGCAUUUUGAGAUUUUGGUGCCAUUGGGCUUGGGAAUGCUUGCAUAGAGUCAUCAAAAGAACAAGACUAAUGCUCGUUAGUCUCUCGUCCUGGUUGGUGGUGAAGUAUUGUUUGAGGAGAUAGUUCCCAGCGGAAAAUGCCUUGUAUGAUAAUAGGUUGGGAAUUUGGAAGGAAUACAAUAAGGAGAUUUUCUAAGGAAAGCUCAACUUCAAAAGAGAAUUGGUGCAAAUGACUUUUCGGACAUGGCAUGAGGAAUAGAGUGGAUCUUUUUUCCAAAAACUGAUAAACAGAAGUUCAAUUUGGAUGAUGGAGAAUCAGCACAGCAAAAAUGGUCUGGAAUUGCAUAAGGGUCCAUUAAACCAAUGAGAUUCUGAGGGUAUUUAAAUGCCUCUGGAUGACUACAAUUACCAUGAGUUCUACUGGACUGAUGUACAAGAGUUCAAAAUGAAAGGCGGCUUUUCUUCCAUGAGCACUACAAAAUGACCUAUCUUAAGCUGGGGAAAAAACAGAUGUUUGCUGGCUCGUCUUCUGCUAUUCAGUCAAAAAAUAUGGAUGAAUCAACUUCAGUAUCUGGGGAUUCUAACUGCAAAUCAAUCAGUUCAAACGAGCUGGCUCCCCCUCAGUCUAAAGUACUGCAUGGAAAAAAGUCUAUUGUAGUCCCGGACAGUGAUAUAGAGGGAUUGUUAGAGUGUCCUGUUUGCAGCAAUUCGAUGUUUCCACCUAUUCAGCAGUGUCCAAGUGGGCAUACCCUGUGCCUUUCCUGCAAAAACAAAGUCAAUAAUAAGUGUCCAAUAUGCAGAAAGGAAAUUGGCAAUAUAAGAUGUUUAGCACUUGAGAAGCUGGCCGUCUCUCUCCACUUGCCAUGUGCAUACCAUCAUCUAGGCUGUGAGGAAAUGUUUCCCUAUUACAGCAAGCUGCGGCAUGAAGCACAGUGUGUUUACAGGCCAUAUGCAUGCCCACAUCCGGGUUCGGAGUGUCCCUUCAUGGGGGAUAUGCCUGCUCUUUUGUCCCAUCUUCGGGAGAGCCAUAAGGUGGAUCUUCAAGCUGGUUGCACCUUUAAUCAUCGAUAUGUGAAGCAGGACCCGUGUUCGGUGGACAAUGUAUCAUGGACACUAACACUUUUCAACUGCUUCGGCCACUACUUCUGUCUGCAUUUUGAAGCAUUUCUGCUAGGAUGUGAGCCAGUUUACAUGGCCUUCCUACGUUUCAUAGGCGAGGAAUCUGAAGCAAGGAGAUUUGGGUAUUGCCUUGAGGUUGGUGGUAAUGGACGGAAGCUGACAUGGCAGGGCGUGCCUCGGAGCAUCCGGACACACCACAGGACAGUCCGUGACAGCAAUGAUGGCCUUAUAGUUCAGAGGAGACUUGCUCUCUACUUCUCAGGUGGUGAUCGGAAGGAGUUGAAGCUGAGAAUCACGGGCAGGAUUUGGAGGGAGAUCUGAGAAAGGGAUGAGAGGUGAUGGUGAAAAGUGAGAUACUAUAGUGCUGUAUAUGUUGUAUUCUUUUUAUACAAAGUGAAAGCUCUACCAUCUUAGCUACAUUCCAUGAAUUGAGCCUUUCAGAGAAAUGUUACAUUGCAGCUGAUGAGAUUUGAGUUUAAUUGGGAGAUCCGGAACUGCACUUGAUC